AGGUCUUCAGAGAAUUGGUGCAUUGAUGCCUCUACACUUUGGUAACCUUAUCCCCUAUUACCCCUGCCUAAAUUCGCGACAAUGUUGAAACCACAUUCCGAUGAAUAAAUACUUUUUGUGUAUAUAUAUUGUUAUUUAAGAGCUGAUUAUAGAACGUCGUGACUUCUUUCCUAAUGAAAGAAUUAUAAAGAAUCGCUGUUAUACGAAAUUGGACUUAUGCCCGGAGUGCUUUAUAGCCAAUUACAAACGACUGACACUUGUAAUGAAGCAAUUAAUCACUCUCUUGUAUAAAUGCCUAACCUAACCAGGAGGUCCAAUGUAUUGGUGAGCCACAUAGCCAAAAAUAUCCUUGGAGAAGGGCAUAGGGCUUGAUGGAGAACUCCUCCAUCAGAAUUAGAAGAAAAAAAAUGCAUUGUGUACUUUGUUAAAUGGCAAGCAGUAGUGGCAGUAUUACCAAUACUAGUCCAGGAUAUGUCGCUGUCGAAAAAUAUAUUAACUAGUUCAAAUGUAAAGAUUACAGCUGACCCAUUUAUUACAUCUCACUCAAUAAUAUGGUGAUGGCAGGAAACGAAAGCACGCCAGCAACCUUGGCAGAUGAUGCGUUAUCCGCGAGACUACAGUGGUUACGUCAGCGUAGAGAAGCUCUGCAGGAGAAGCUUGCUCAAAAGAACAAUGAGCUGAAGAGCUUGUGUGUAGAGGAGGCAGAGAUAACAGGGAUUCUGCCUCCAGAAAUACCUUUGGAGCCUGGAGAAAGUCCACCAACUUUCCGUAGAAGAGCAGCCUCUGCAUUUAUAUAUCCAACAAAGCUAAUCAACAAACUGAAAGCAACUGAUCCUGAGGAAUCGGAAUUGGAGUUGGAACGGCAAGUACAGCUUGGCAUUGUGGAGGCUGCACUGGAGGUCGUCAAUGAUCCUACGGAGAGUAAAGCUACACGGCGCAAGCACAGACUCGCCUAUCAGCAGGGUCAGCGAAGAUUACAGGAGUUGGAUACCGAAUUGAAUUUCAUACGACAGAGUCGCGGUAAAACGCAUCGGCAGACAACGCAGCUGUCAGUUGGGACGCAAGGAAGUUACAACACGCAUCCACAUUCGCACGCCAACGUGAAGCAUCGGACGAAGAAACCGCGACCACCGCUGGAUAGUGCAGGAAACGAGGUCAGUGCCGUGAAGUCCGCCGGAAGAGGAAUACUUCACGAAACCGGUAUCAGCCUCAGUCCUUUAGGCCCUGAAGAUAAAUGUAUCACGUAUUCCGGACACACGUAUGAAGAGCAGCUGGUUGUGCCAACUCUGUGCAAUCUCCAUCAUCACAGCGGCACUUAUCCCGGCGUGAGUCCUAUUGAGCAAUCCAACAUCAAGAUCGUGGAGCACGAUCACAACGACAAUCAAAACGUCUACAUCCUGCCCGACCAAUACCGCGCUCGCACGUAUUCUCAUGGCAGUGGCGGCUCCCGUGGCCACCGGGACCAUUAUCAGGACACCGAGAGAACGUAUCGUCCUUACGUGCCGAACACCUAUACCGAUGACGAGCGGCAGAUGCGUUACCGGCAAUUCCAGCAGCAGCAACAACAGCAAUACUUUCCGAAGCAGCUUCUAUACGAACACAUGGCACAAAACUAUAGCCCACAAUAUUCCUUCGUUGAGUGUAAGCACUUGGACAACGCGGAUAUCAUCCGGAGAGCCAGCCAGGGAUCCUACGAGAGGGAGUUCCGCGUCUCUCAUUACGCGCCCGUUACCGACUAUCAGAUCUACUAUAAGAAUAGCGCGCAGUCUCAGACUGUGCAGAGGCGCGCCACGGAUCGCGACUCGUCCAACGGCAAGAACACCCUGCGGCACACGGGCACAGGCGCGCCGAUGAUCGACGCACAGUUGCCGGCCGGCUAUUGGAUGCGUCAGGAUGACGAGAUCGUCUGGGUGAGCAUGGACGAGCCGCCUAUGACCGCCGAUAGAUUCGGCAGUCUGGAUCGCAGAAGGCGGAACGCCCAGCACAACGGCGGUAUUGGCGUAAACGCGGACGCACAAUCGCGUUACCGCACUGUCGCGGUCGCCAGUACCAAGCCUUCAACGCACAGCAGCGCCUCCGUGUCGUCGUCGGCCCACCAGCACCACUCUGUUCAUCUGUUGCCGCUAUCUGAACAGCAGAUACCGGCGAACAACAAGAUGCUGCUGCGCACGCAGUCGUUAGGCAGCGUGGAGACGUGGCAGUCGAGCCACAGCCACGACUCGCACGACGGGAAGGAUAUCACGGCAGUGGAAUACACCAACCGGAAGAGUCGCCAGAAAGAGUGGUACGAGACGUCCCUGGAUUCCGGAAUGAGCAUCGGUCUGGAUCAAAACCUUAUCGCCGCGCGAAAGAGCACGCAAUAUCAGUCGAGUCCACCGCCAGCUCGUAUCAAGGCCGCCAGCAACGAAAGUACGAAGGACGAUCAGGUGAUGACCGGACCGCCAGUCAGUCCGGUGAACCGUCGGAAGAGGGACAAGCUCGAGGAGCGACAACACAUGAUGCAGCAGCAACCUCAUACGCGAUACGAUCAAUCCGCGACGAGGCCGAAGGUACUGGAGAUACCGGCCGAGUCGAAGCCGUCCCUCGACGUUUGCGACGACGCGGUGCGAGCGCCCUUGGGCUCGCCGCAGAACUGCACUGUAGUCCAGGCUGGCAAAUACCAGCCGUACCGGGAAGUAACCAAGCCCUUCGAGAUGUCCGACUUUUACAAGUACAGCACGAAGUUCCGCAAGAGAAACGAGGUCGCUGGCCAGCAACUCGGCAACGACUCGCCGCUCCAGGAGAACCGACCCGUCGCAGAAUCCGGCGACCUAUCCAAGGAUUCUAGUGCCUAUAAUUACGGGCAAAACGGCAGCGCCAGCGUGACCGCCAGUCCCGUACAGAGAAAAAUCUAUCAGCCGGUGCAGCGCAUGACCUGCCAACCAUAUCUCACGUCUUUAAGAUAAUUGCUGAGGAUAAUCGCACAUAUCGUAAUGUUCGUUCCCGUUGUCAUACGUAUCAUACCUGCGCGGUUGUGUAAAUUCGACGCAAGUACCUAAAGAAAAAUUAUCAUAUAUAAUGGUAUAAGAGAGAGAUUAUAUAUAAGAUUAUAUAUAAAUUAUAUAUAACACAUAUAUAUAUAUAUAUAUAUAUAUAUAUAUAUAUAUAUAUAUAUAUAUAUAUAUAUGAAUUUGGUCUCUAUAUAGUCAUAUAUAAAAAUAUACAUGUCCACACACAAAAAAGUAUAGUUGAACGAAAAGAAAGUUUUAUUCAAUCAAAUAUUGACAUUCUAGGCUAGUCACAAAUGUGAGUAUCUACUUCGAUUACAUUUGCACAAUAACAUUUUUUUCUAUGUGGACGUGUAUAAUUUAUAUAUGAUUCUAGAUGGCCAUGCACAGACAAAAUUCAUAUAUAAACAUCUUUUCCAGGUAGGCUAAUCCUAUCGAAAGAUGUCUUUUAUUCUUUCUGAUCUGACCUUUUCAGGGAAGAAUUCAUUGAAGUUGGGAAAAAUUGAUUUAAUAUUGAAAUAAUACAAAGGGUACAUUUCGAAAUGUACUGACAAUACUGAAGAUCCAUAGUAUAGAUAACAUAACAUAUAGUAUAGAUAAACUACAAAUUGUUAGCAUGUUCGAGAAUGCAGUCAAGUAUGACAUCUGUCAUUCAUAUGAAGGAGUGUCUCUUCAUAUAAGGAGUCUCUCUUUUUCUUGUUGUGGAUUUAUUCACAGUAAUGUUCACACAUUUGUUAUUGACGAUGUUUAAAUUAGACAAACUGUAUAUAUCUAAACACAUACAUAUAUAUCAGUAUCCCUGAAAAGGUUGAUCAUCAUCAAUAUCUCGUACGGUAGACGUGUAGGUACCGUAGAGAUUUUACACAGCACAAUUUUGCUUCCUUUAACACACACCACCAGUAUUUUCCAUUGCUCCGUUUCAAGAGUCAGUCAUUUGUCGAUGAUAGUCUUUGUUGAUCAUUAACGACGUCGAUGCAACUAUCGAUUGCGAUCGUAGUCGGGAGACUUGUAAUUCUGACACAUUUACCAAAUCGUAAAUUCGAUAUGUAGAGGUACAUAUUAUUUUUAGAAAUUUUACGAUGUUUAUAUCGCGUAUACGCGAAAUAAUUUUGCGUCAACAAAGAAACGAAGAAAAUUCGUAAGGAUUGCAAAAUCCUUUAAACUCUAACGUCGAUUUACAAAAAAAUAUUGGGACCUGAGUAGUGCCUUUUACUAAUUGAAGUGUCAAGUGGAUGACAGGACGCCUUUGUAAGAAAUACCUAGAAAUUAUUGAUCGUGAAAUGAAUUUGUUGAAAAAAUCCUCCACUUGUCGACUUCUAUUUUAAUUGCAUUCAUAAUUGUGUUCAGUAACGAAUUACAUAUAUUUUUCUAGAAAUUAUAUAUAUAUAGAUAUAUAAAAAUUAUAUAUUAUAGGCAGUGAAUUUAAAAAUUACUGUCGGUAUAAGUUGAUAAUAUUCUUUGUUAAACGAAACUCUUUCCACGUUCGAUUAUUCGAUGAUUAGACGAAGUGUAGAGUCUAUGAUUUUUGUGUGUGUACGAUCAAGUGCAUUGCUCUGUUUCUAUAGUUCUGUAGACCUCCAUAUGAGAGUCAAACUACUGCACACGAAAUUGUAGACGUAUGCAUUUUAGUCUCUUAAAAGAUAAUAUACAGGGUGCAGCAAAAGUAUCGGACCGGUAAAAUAUCUCGAAAAAUAUAAGUUUUACAGAAAAUUGCUUUAGAUAAAAGUUAUAAGUCUUAGGAAAAUCUAUUUACUGAUUUUAACAGUUUGAC